AUGUUUCGAAGGCUUUCUGUCCGCUCUUCCAGUGCUGCGCGCGGAGAGUACCAUCCUCUUCCGCAAAAUGAUGCCAGAAAUGAGACGCAAAACAGCAUGGAGGAUGCUGAGAGAAGUCAGGAUGCGAGGGCUGAGAAUUAUCGCGAUGCCGCGGCGAUGCUUCUUAUCAAAAUGGGUCGUUCUCCCGACGAGCAGAUCGCUGUUACACCAGCCGACGACGCCCGGAUACUUCGUCGCAUUGAUCUCGCCCUCCUUCCUUUGAUGCUAUCUGUGUACUUCCUCCAAGCUCUUGACAAAGCGACACUUUCGUACGCUUCGAUAUUCGGCCUCAUCGAAGACACCAAACUCGAAGGCGACCAGUACUCAUGGCUUGGCAGUAUUGUUUUCCUAGCGCAGCUGAUUAUGCAGCCUCCGCUUGCCCUUGCGUUGGUCAAGCUACCCAUUGGAAAAUUGACGAGCGCCAUGGUGUUAGCAUGGGGAACAACGCUGAUACUCAUGACAUGGGCGAAAGAGUUCAAAACGCUGAUGGUUGCGCGGUUCUUUCUGGGUGCUUUUGAAGCCAGCAUAGGGCCGAGUUUCAUUGCUAUUACACAGAUGUGGUGGAGGAGAAGAGAGCAGACGCUAAGAAUCGGAUCUUGGUACUGUAUGAACGGGUUAACAUGGGUGCUUGGUAGUCUUAUUACAUAUGGACUUGCCAGCAUCGAGUCCAAGAUGAAACCCUAUCAGAUUAUAUUCCUGUUCUUUGGCGCCAUCACUGUCGGGGUGUCUUUUGUGAUGUUCUUCUGGAUGCCAGAUUCGCCCACGGAAGCCAAGUUUCUCAGUGAUGAGGACAAGAUCAUCGCAAUCGAACGUCUGCGCAACAACCAGAUGGGCGUCAUGUCUCGUGAAUGGAGGGCUCCUCAUGUCAUUGAGGCAUUGAAGGACCUCAAAACUUGGUUCUGGGUCGCUAUGAUCUUUUGCAUAUCAGUCCCUUCCAACGGCAUUUCGACAUUUGGACCUCUGAUCAUCAAAUCCUUUGUAUCGGAUCCCUUUGAAACCAUGCUAUUCAACGUGCCCGUUGGCAUCUCGCACAUCGUUGCCGUCUCUAUGAGUGCUUAUGUAUCGAUGAAGUGGAAGUUGAAGGGUCCAGUCAUUGCCAUACUCCUCGAGAACAAGGGCGCUUGUCUGACCGGAUACUUUUGCCUGUGUACCUUUACUGGCAUCACACCGUUGAUCUAUUCAUGGUCAGCACAAAAUACUGCCGGCGACACAAAACGCAAAACCACUUCAGCGCUCAUUUUCAUCAGUGCCUCCGCCGGCAACAUCGUCGGCCCCCUUCUAUACUCGCCCGGAGAAGCGCCAGCCUACACUCGCGGUCUGCGCGCCAACCUCGCGCUUUACGUUCUCGUCAUCGCCCUCGUCAUGGGUGCGUCUCUCCAUCUCGCUCGACUGAACCGACUUCACAGUCAGCGCAGAGUAGCGCUUGGAAAGAGCGCCGUGCUUGUUGACCGGAGUCUCGAGACAGCGGAGGAAGUAGAAAGGAUAGAACAUAUGGAGAGAACGCUACGAGGAGGUGCGACACUUCGUGAAUCAACAGGCGACGAUGAGGAUAAUAGGAUAUCACAAGCCCAUGAUAUGGAAGACAAUAGGACAGAUCAGAAAGAAGGUGAUAAAGGGUUUGGGGAUACGACUGACUUGGAGAAUGAAGAUUUCCUUUUUGUGUUCUGA